GUCUCGGACAAGCAGGCUGCUAACGAGGUGCACUCAGGUCACGACAACGGCAUGGUACUUCGGCGUCGAGCAGCUUCUACUCUCAACGCGGCCGUCGUGGACCCCGACACCUUCGACGUGGCCGACCCCAACAGCGCGGGGCACCCAGCUACCAACGCGGACGAGAUUGACAGAAACACAGGCCAAGUCUUCCAGCGCACCAGGUGCGUUCGGGUCGCUCAACUGCUCGACCGCACGGCUACCGCACGCGGCCUCAACGAGCUUUCGAGGCAGGUCCUCCACACGAGCACCGCCCACCACUUCACACUGGUGCAUGGCCCCCCUGGCUCGGGGAAGACGACUGCCAUCGUCGCUCUGGUGUCAGCGUGGCCCCCCACCCUCAACAGCGGCCUUGCCGUUGGAGUCUUCACUGGUUCCAACACAGCUGCCGACCAGCCCCUCAAGUCCUUCUCUGCAGCCAAGCGCAACACCCAGCUCGAGGACAGCAUCGGCUUCCCCCGCGCCUUCGUUCGGCUCGCCCGCCGAGAGAGGGUGGACCGAAAG